UGCAGAGAAUAACUAAAGAAAAAGGAGAAACUUUACCGCUCAAAUUAGGGCAGUUCUCUCUCUCUCUCUCUCUCUCUCUCGAAGUUCAGUAGCCACAGCGCAGAAAAAAUGGCGAACGAUGUAGACAUGAGUGGAUGGAGUGAGCUUCUACACUCUUCUUCGAAGCUUCUAGAACAAGCCGCUCCUUCUGCUCAGUUCCCUCCUCUUCAGAGGAAUUUGGAUCAACUGGAAGCAUUAACGAAGAAAUUGAAGGCCAAAAAUCUAAGAACCGAAGCUCCUUCUCAAUCUAUUGCUGCUACCAGGCUACUAGCUCGUGAGGGCAUCAACGCAGAGCAGCUUGCUCGUGAUCUUAAGUCUUUUGAGUUGAAGACAACAUUUGAAGAUGUUUUCCCUGCGGAGGCAACAACUGUUGAAGAGUAUCUGCAACAGAUCCAUGAAAUGGCAAUGGUCUCUGCGGUUCAAGAAGCUCAGAAGGAUAACCUAAAAAAUUUCAAUGAUUACAUGAUGAAAGUUUUGGAGAACGACUGGAAGAAGGAAAAAAGGGACUUCCUCCAGAGCCUAAGCCGAAUUUCAACCUUACCCAGGACCAAUAUCAGUGAAUCAAGCCCUUUAGGUGGUCGUCAGGGGCAAAUAGCAUCUUUGACUUAUAGCCCUCAGAUUUCUUCUGGUCCAGCUAGUGUGGAGUCUGUACCAUUGGCCAAUAGGCCCAUCGUUGAGAAAAAGGCUGCUGCAUAUGGAGAAGUUGUCAAGAAUCUCAAUAGUGCAAGAGAGCGUAGUUUUCCCUUCAAACCUGCUACAGCUUUUAAGCAUGCUCUUGAGAGUUUGGGUCUCAAUGCAUAUGGUGGGAAGUCAGUUGGCAUUCAGAAGAUCUGGCAUCUAAUGUCGGCAUUGAUGGGUGAAGAUCAUUCAGCUUUCCAACAUAAUAUUUCAAAGAAAAUGUCCUUAGUAAUUGGAGCUAGACGCCACCUAGAAUGGGGUCACGAGAAGUAUGUCAUGGAAACAAUUCAAGCUCAUCCUGCUCAGGCCGCACUUGGUGGUGCUGUUGGUAAUUUGCAGAGAAUCCGUGCCUUUCUCAGGAUCCGUCUAAGGGACUAUGGGGUCCUUGAUUUUGAUGCGGUUGAUGCCCGUAGACAGCCUCCUGUUGAUACCACCUGGCAGCAGAUAUACUUUUGCUUGAGAACCGGCUACUACAAUGAAGCAAGAGAGAUUGCCCAGCUAUCUCGCAUGUCCCACCAGUUUGCUCCUCUGCUGACAGAGUGGAUUUCCAGUGGAGGCAUGGUAUCAGCAGAGACAGCGGCAGUUGCUUCAGAAGAAUGUGAGAAGAUGUUAAGGUUGGGUGAUCGAGCAGGUCGACCAAUGUACGAUAAGAAAAAGUUGCUACUCUACACCAUAAUAUCUGGUUCCCGUAGGCAAAUUGACAGAUUUGUUCGAGAAUUCCCUACACUUUUCUCUACUAUAGAGGAUUUCUUGUGGUUCAAAUUAUCUGCUGUACGUGAGAGUCCUGUCAGGUCUUCUGUUGUCCUAAAUGAGGGGUUGGCACCUUACACUUUGGAUGAUUUGCAAGCUUACCUAAACAAGUUUGAGCCAUCACACUAUACUAAGAAUGGAAAGGAUCCUUUGGUUUAUCCUUAUGUUUUACUUUUAAGCAUCCAGCUACUUCCAGCCGUCCUUUAUUUGUCCAAGGAUAUGGGAGAUGAAGGAUAUAAUGUAGAUGCUGCUCAUAUGGCUAUUGUGUUGGCAGACUAUGGAGUCCUCUCUGAAGGAACAGGGUUAGGGCAAAAAUUUGGGGCCAUGGAUGCUUUUGCUGAAGCUUCUAGCAUAAUUAGGCAGUAUGGAUCAUUUUACCUGCGUCAUGGUGAUCUGGCAAUGGCAUUGGAAUACUAUGUGCAAGCAGCAGCAGCAGUUGGUGGUGGGCAGUUGUCAUGGAGUGGACGUGGUAAUAUGGAUCAGCAAAGGCAAAGGAGCUCAAUGUUGAAGCAACUUCUUACAGAGCUUUUGUCGCGAGAUGGUGGUAUUGAUAUUUUACUUGGUCCAAGGGGUACUGGAGAAGAAGGUCAGCUUGGAAGGUUUUUAACAGAUGAAAAGACAAGACAACAGUUUCUACUUGACGCUGCUCGGCAGUAUCAGGAUGCGGGGCUUUAUGACAAGUCCAUAGAGAUUCAAAAGAGAGUGGGGGCAUUUUCAGCUGCAUUGGAUACGAUAAACAAGUGCCUUUCUGAUGCAAUAUGUGCAUUGGCACGUGGAAGGUUGGAUGGGGAUAGCCGGACAUCUGGGCUCAUUCUUUCAGGAAAUGAGAUCCUGGAGAUGUUCAAAUAUUACCCUGACAUCAGUCCCCAAGAGAGAGAGAAUGUGUUGGCACAACAAAUUGUUCUAAGACAGCUGGAGGCUGUGCUAUCUAUUCAUAAGCUUGCAAGACUUGGGAAUCACUUGGAUGCUAUAAAGGAAGUGGCUAAGCUCCCUUUCCUUCCUUUGGAUCCAAGGACGCCAGAUUUCGCCACAGAUGUCUUUAAAAAUUUGUCUCACCAUGUCCAAGUUUGUGUACCAGACCUCCUAAAAGUUGCGCUUCAUUGCCUGGAGAAUGUCAGAGAUACUGAUGGGUCACUUCGUUCUUUAAGGGACAAGAUUGCAAACUUCCUCGCAAACAAUAUGAAUCAGAAUUGGCCUCGUGAUCUGUAUGAAAAGGUUGCUCGCACUUUGUGAAGUUGAAGAAUCACAGUCAGUCUGCUGUAGUUUAGCUUUAGAUGUUCAACAUUGUACAAAGAUGGUUGAACAGGCCAAGUCUGUCGAAAUGGUGAUAGCCGUACAUCCAAGAUGUAUUUGCUUAGUCUUUACAUCUUCUAGGUGUAAUUUGGUAAAUGGAUCUCUCGAGAGAUUUGCUUGGAUGGAUAUGUAAUGUCCACAAUGGCAAUCUGGCAAGACAGUCAGGAUGUGUUCUCUCCUUUUGAUGUCAUAUGCAAGUCUUGCCAGUCCCCUGGUUGCAAAAUUUUCUAGUACUUCAUUACAAGUGUAACAGGUUCUAUGUUUAUGAAUUGUGUUGUCUGUAAGUGUUCUGUGCAAUGACAAAGACACUAGAACCCUGGCAGUUUAACACGACGCUAUAUCUGAGGAUUGAAAGUUCUAUACAUUAAUCAUUUCUUGAUAAG